AUGGACUUCAACAGCUCGUCGCCGUUCCCCGAGGGCGUCAUCUCCUUCCUCGACACGGACUUGUACAAGCUGACGAUGCAAUGCGCCGUUUUCAAGUUCUUCAAGGACGUUCCCGUUACCUACGCCUACACGAACCGCACCCCGGACAAGAAGCUCUCCAGAGCUGCCUUUAAGUGGCUCGAGGAGCAGAUCCGGAAGCUCGGUUACAUCUCCCUCUCCGCCGAAGAGUACAAAUUCCUCGAAAAGAACUGCGACUACCUGACGAAGGAUUACCUCAACUUCCUCAAAGAGUUCCGCUUGCGCCCAAGGGAACAGGUUGUGCUGACCUUUACACCUAUUGGCGAAGACACUGGUGCCGACUCGGUAGUUGGCGAUGUCGAUAUUCAGAUCAAGGGCGCUUGGGUUGAGACCAUUCUCUAUGAGAUCCCCAUGCUUGCUCUGACAUCUGAGGCCUACUUCAAGUUCAUGGACACGGAUUGGAAUUACGAGGGCCAGGAGGACAAGGCCCUUGACAAGGGCAUGCAACUGCUGGAAGCAGGAUGCAUCACAUCCGAGUUCGGAACUCGAAGAAGGCGCGAUUACCAUACCCAGGCCCUGGUAUUCCGCGGGCUUGUCAAGGCAUCCAAGGAGGCAGAGAAGAAGGGCUUCCCAGGCAAGUUGUCUGGAACGAGUAACGUCCACCUGGCCAUGCGGUUCAACAUCCCUCCCGUCGGCACCGUCGCCCACGAGUGGUUUAUGGGAACAGCCUCCAUUGUUGGCGACUAUAAGAAAGCUACCGAGGAGGCCCUCCGACACUGGGUCGGCUGCUUUGGCAACAAACUCGCUAUUGCCCUGACUGAUACCUUCGGCACACAGGAGUUCCUUCGAUCCUUCAGCUUGCCCGUACGCCCUGUUGAGGGCGGCUUCCCAGCGGAGACUUUCCAAAAGGAAGACGGAACCAUGAAAACCUAUGGAGAAGUUUUCGCUGGAGUGCGGCAGGACUCUGGCGAUCCGGCCGAGUACACCAAGAUGAUGCGGGAUUAUUACGACGAGCAGGGGAUUAAGGAUAAGAAACUCAUCGUCUUUUCCGAUUCGCUCAACAUUGAUCGCUGCUUGGAGUACAAGCAGGUAUCCGAGAACCUCGGCUUUCAACCUACCUUUGGUGUGGGAACCUUUUUGACAAACGACUUCACCCACCUUAAGACGGGAACUAAGUCGGUCCCCUUGAACAUUGUCAUCAAGCUCAGCUCAGCUGCUGGACGUCCUGCGAUCAAGAUUAGUGACAACGCUGGCAAGAAUACAGGUGAUAAGGAAACCGUAGAGAAAGUCAAGAAAGAGUUGGGAUAUGUUGAGGUUGAGUGGAAAGAGGGUGACGAAACCGCCCGGUGGGGAAAGGAAGAAGAACCGAAGGCCUGA